AUGGGCAAAUGGACUCCGGAUUACCUUGACGAUGUAUUGCAUGCGAAAAUGUCUAGCUUGGUCACUGGCGCCAUUCGACGAGCGGCUGUGGAGAAAGAACCUACGAUCAGCUACGAGAACUUUGUGAAUGAGUUAGAUCUGGGUGAUUCAUUCACUACCUCGCUCAUUGACAUCCUUGUCAAAGAACUAGCGGAACGGCGCACCCGGCCGAGUAUCAACGAUCGCAGGCUCAUCGCAGAUCGCACAGCCAAGAGCCUCCGUCUGCUCGCGACUCCUCUUCGGGUUUAUCGAGAACGUCCAACGACGAGUCGUAUUGCAGUUGGUCGGAGGCCCAUCAAUUUGACUGAUACAUUUGUUCAAAAUGAACUGGAUAUGGACGAUGAUGAAGACGAGUUUGAUAGCGUGCUAGAUACGGCGACUCUCGAGGGUGCGCGUGUUAAUUCCGAAUUGUAUGAUGCAUUUGGCGCUGGCUGGCCAAGUAUAACGAGAAGAAUUGUUGCGAGUCCAUCCCCGCUUUCCGAUGAAGGUACUACAUCUGCUCCCCCCUUGCGCUCACCGCCCACCGCGAGCCGUCCUCCACCUUGGACAAUGCAGGGUACAACAAGCAUGCCCUCAUCAAAUCUCACUCGACAAUCAUCUAUACGGCGUCCCGUCCGCUCACGCACUGUUGACUUUAAUGACUUUACACAUCGUCGUCGCUCUUCGAUUAGAGAGUCGUUGGGUUCCACGCCACGCCCAGAGGCAAGUGAAGUAGUAACAGAACCUCGAGAAGGAACGUGGGUUCGACCACCUCGAUCAGAGUCCGCGAGGCGCUUCUUCCCCUUCACACGUACUCGGCGCCAUGGAUCUCCAGGCACCCUUCCAUGGUCAGACAUUUUGAAUGUGGACGCGGAAGAUGCAAUGUAUGAAGAGCCCUCCAUCUCUGGCUCCUCGUGGAACUUUGUGCCGACGACUUUCAGUGGGAUAUCGCCACCUCAUGGGAUACAUCAUGCCGAAACGAGUGACGAGAGAGUACAUGCUGCCGCACCCAGACUUCGACGUGGAGGCUUACGUGCCCCUGAAUCAAUGAUGUCUCGACAUACAUCCCCCAUCAUCAUCAACACAACUCCUGCUGAUACGAACAUCCCUCCUCCCAACCCCACCUCACCGCGACGCGAAAACAAUGAUUUUGGAGCGGCAAACUCAGAGCCGGUCGCAUAUCCCACUCCAGGCUCGAGUGAGAAUGAAAAUAUAUCUUAG